GUGGACAAGAUUGUGGACCAGUUGCAGCAUUUGAUGCAGGUGUAUGACUUGGCCGCCCUUCGGGAUUAUUGGAGCUACCUGGAGCGCAGGCUCUUCAGCCGUUUGGAGGACAUAUAUAGACCCACCAUCAACAAACUCAAAACCAGCCUGUUCCGCUUUUAUCUUGUCUACACAAUCCAGACAAACAGAAAUGACAAGGCACAGGAAUUCUUUGCAAAGCAGGCCACAGAACUCCAGAACCAGGCUGAAUGGAAGGAUUGGUUCGUCUUGCCCUUCUUGCCUUCCCCAGACACCAACCCCACCUUCGCUACCUACUUUUCUCGACAGUGGGCCGACACUUUCAUUGUUUCUCUGCACAACUUCCUGAGUGUUCUCUUCCAGUGCAUGCCAGUCCCUGUGAUCCUGAACUUCGAUGCGGAGUGCCAGAGGACCAACCAGGUUCAAGAAGAAAAUGAAGCUCUGCGCCAGAAGCUUUUUGCCUUGCAAGCUGAAAUCCAUCGGCUGAAGAAGGAAGACCAGCAGCAAGAGGAGGAAGAGGCCUUGGUCCAACACAAACUGCCCCCUUAUGUCUCCAGCAUGGACCGCCUUGGGGACUCAGAGCUAGCCAUGGUGUGCAGCCAGAGGACUGCCUCCCUCUCCCAGUCGCCUCGAGUGGGCUUCCUGUCUUCACUGCUGCCUCAGAGUAAGAAGAGCCCUUCAAGGUUGUCACCCGCUCAAGGCCCUCCUCAGGCUCAGAGCUCAGCCAAGAAAGACUCCCUCAGCAGUCAGGCUACCAAGGGAAAGGACCCAGUGUCCGGGGCCAAGGAUGGGAAGAGCCUUCUGAGCGGACCAGUGCCUGGGGAUGCCAGCUGGACACAUCAGCGCCAACGGCGUCUGCAGGACCAUGGCAAGGAGAGGAGGGAGCUGCUCUCCACCUCCUCCUCCCAGUGCAUGGAGAAGAAGCCGGAAGGCAGUGGCCCAGAAGCUGAGCCCUGCCUGGAACUCCACAUGGGGCCAGUAGAGCCACUGGCCCGGGUGUCCACAGCAGGCUCUGAGGGAGGCCGCCCCGAGCAGCCCUUCAUAGUGCUGAGCCAGGAGGAGUAUGGGGAGCACCAUUCGUCCAUCAUGCACUGCAGAGUGGACUGCUCUGGUAGGAGAGUUGCCAGCUUAGACGUGGAUGGGGUCAUCAAAGUGUGGUCCUUCAACCCCAUCAUGCAGACCAAAGCGUCCUCCAUUUCUAAGUCACCACUGCUCUCUCUAGAGUGGGCCACCAAGCGAGACAGGCUGCUCCUCCUGGGCAGUGGUGUGGGGACGGUUCGUCUUUAUGAUACAGAAGCCAAGAAGAACCUCUGUGAGAUCAACAUCAACGAUGACAUGCCCAGAAUCCUGUCUCUUGCCUGCAGCCCCAACGGGGCCUCUUUCGUCUGUUCAGCUGCAGCUCUGAGCCUCACCUCUCAGGCGGACUCCGUGGCCUUGGAUAUUGGCAGCAAAGGCGUGAACCAGGUUCCUGGCAAACUGCUGCUGUGGGACACCAAAACCAUGAAGCAGCAGCUUCAGUUCUCACUGGAGCCGGAGCCCAUUGCCAUCAACUGCACUGCUUUCAACCACAAUGGCAACCUGCUGGUCACAGGGGCAGCCGAUGGUGUCAUCCGGCUCUUUGACAUGCAGCAGCAUGAGUGUGCCAUGAGCUGGAAGGCCCACUUCGGAGAGGUCUACUCCGUGGAAUUCAGCUGUGAUGAGAAUGCCGUGUACAGCAUUGGCGAGGAUGGCAAGUUCAUCCAGUGGAACAUUCAUAAGAGUGGCCUCAAGGUGACCGAACACAGCCUCCCUUCAGAUGCCACUGGUCCCUUUGUCCUGUCUGGCUACAGUGGCUACAAACAGGUUCAAGUUCCCAGGGGCCGGCUCUUCGCUUUCGACUCAGAGGGCAACCACAUGCUCACGUGCUCUGCCUCGGGGGGCGUCAUCUACAAGCUGGGCGGCGAUGAAAAAGUUCUAGAGAGCUGCUUGAGUCUGGGUGGCCACCGGGCCCCUGUGGUCACUGUGGACUGGAGCACCGCCAUGGACUGUGGGACAUGCCUCACGGCCUCCAUGGAUGGCAAGAUCAAGCUGACCACUCUCCUGGCCCAUAAGCUCUGAUGUCCUGCCUGCAAUGACACAUGGCAAACAGAAUUGUCCCUGGUGGAAGUGAGGCGAGACAGGACAGACAGCGCUUCCUUCUGGCUCUGCACUGUCAGGGCUGUGGAUCUUCAGGGAAAGACCCGACAGGGGGGCUCAGCCAUGUAGCUGCAGCUACUGGAGUAGGAGCCUCUGGAGCAGGCUGCAGUGCUUCCUAGAUACUUGAGUGGUGGCCCGAGAGGGCAUGCUACAGAGCACAGGAUGAACGACGAGGACCAAGCCAUAGUGGCGCACACCGUGUUCAUGGUUGAGGAAUUGACAGUAUUGUGUACAUAAUUGCUUCUCUGUCUUUUUUUAAAGGAAAAAACACGAGGAGAGAGAGAGAGAGAGGAAGGGAGGGAGGAAGGGAGGGAGAAAGAGAGAGAGAGAGAGAGAGAGAGAGAGAGAGAGAGAGAGAGGAGAGAGAGAGAGAGAAAUUGCUCUUGCAGUUACUUGGUGUCUCUUUCUAGAAUGUCUGAGUCACCUGGCCCUAGUGAUAGCCAUGCUUUCCUGCCUUGGUUCUGUCUCACCGCCUCCACUGCCGUGUUGCUGGCAGAACCCCACUAGGUUGCCUGUGGCUUUGUCAGAGUUGAGAUGUAGAUAGACCACAGUACCAUCUUCUGGGCUCAAGUCAAGAUCGGCGUGUCUCCCGCUACACCUGAAUGCUAUUGCCUUCUGCCAGACAACAGCAGGGUCUGAGGUCUGGGCCUCUAGAGCCCCUCUUCCUCGGGAUCUUCUGGUCCCAGGUCUCUCAUUUGGUGGCUCUCUCAUUCUUCCAGCUUGAAAUCUUUGAGCAGGAAUAAUACCAGCUACCUGCACCCUCUGCCUUGCUUAGCCGAGCCUGGGCCAGCUCUGUCUGUACACCUGCUCUCUGUUCCCUCAUUUGGGAGGACCUUGCAGAGACAGGUUCUUGCAUAGUGGGGAGGAACAAAAGUCCCCUCCAUUGUCAGUCCUACAGCCUACUACUGAGGCCAGUCUCGUGAAGAAGUCACUGUAGAGUCAGUAAGCCUGGGCCUGGGCCUCCUGCACUUGGCAGGGGUGACCCUGUUACCUACCUAGGGAAUGCCACUUUCAUGAACAGUGACUGUUUGCAACAGACCUUUGAUAGUUUCUUUGGGUUCCAGGCUAUUUGUGGGCUGUGGAGCUGGAGUUGGGUAACUCCCAGGUGCCUACAUUGGGAAAAGCAGCAGUGUGUUGUGGCCUUGGCUCCCUUCUGGGGCUGAAGGAAAAGUAGAAAGUGGUAUUUGGGGAAAACCAGAGUAGUAGUUAUCUAUUUAUUAUUGGUAUGUGGUGGGGCAUGUGCCACAGCAGAGUUCAGAAGACAACUUGGUAGACUUGAUUCUCUCCGUCCACCUUUAUGUGGGUUUUCGGGGAUCAAACUCAGGUGGCCUGGCUGUCUGGCCAGUGGCUUUACCUGCUGAGCUAGCUCAUGGUUAUCUCUUUUUACCCAUUUCCCUACUGACAUGAAGACAUUAAUUCUUUCCCUGCCAUUUCUCCUCUUGGGCUUGGACAAACUUCAGCUCUCUCACCCAGUUUGUGCUCCUAGAUUUCAUUUGAGUCAAGAGCCCAUGUUUAACUUUUCCUCCCAAAGCUUUUCUUAGGAUUCAUUCUUCCCUCCCAGGGAUUCUCCACAGCUUGCUGAAGCAGUUUGAAAGCUCAGAGAGAGAGGAACACCCCAGAACCUGUCCCUCCCACCCCACCCCUCCUAGGAAGAGUACUGGUCCUCAGAGUAUGUUGGAACUUACACUUUCCUUCAAAGCCCCCUUUUGGGAAUCCUUAGCCUUCGUAAGUAAGGCCCCCUCCUCUGCUGUCUUGAGUGAGGCAUAACCAUGAAGGUGGGCUACACCACAGACUAUGAGCCACUCUUCCAGAGGUUGAGAACCCGGCCUGGCUUAUGUGAAAUGCUCAGCAGGUGCAAAUCCGUAUUUCUCUCCUUAUGCUCAGGGACCUAUCUCUGCUCAGCCCCAAACCCAGUCCCCAUGGUGUUCAAGUGCCCAGGAGUUGGGAAUGAGAUCUGGACGUACAGUAAUGAAUACAUUUCAGGCUGAUAAAUGAAGCUGACAUUUGUUACUAUAUCCAAUAGUCACACAGAGUUCUGUCAUUUAAAAAAUAAUAAAAACUCACGGUGACAUCCGCA